AUGCCAGCUGCUGCAGUGAAGCCCGCUCCGGACGACAUGGUUGCGGAAGGGGAGCGCGGGGUGUCCCAGUGGGAGGCACCGGGGCUGGGCAGGGAGCGGCUGCCUCUGCCCUCCCUGAAGAUCCCCAGGGAGCUGCUGCGGAGCUUCCCCCACUCCAAGCGGGUGGGAUCCUACCUGGUGGGCAAGAUGAUCAACAAGGGCUCGUUCGCCAAAGUGAUGGAGGGGCUGCACAUCGGCACGGGGGAGAAGGUGGCCAUUAAGGUGAUAGACAAGAAGAAAGCUCGCCAGGACUCGUACGUGCUGAAGAACAUGAAGAGAGAACCUCGAAUUCAUCAGAUGGUCCGACAUCCUCAUAUUGUGGUUCUGCUGGAGACUCUGGAGACGGAGAACAGCUACUACAUGGCCAUGGAGCUGUGCGCUGGAGGAGACCUGAUGGACCGGAUCUGUGAGAGGAAGAGGCUGGAGGAGAGGGAGGUCCGACGAUACACCCGACAGAUCCUCUCCGCCGUGGAUCACCUGCACAAACACGGCAUCGUGCACAGAGAUUUAAAGAUUGAAAACUUCCUCCUGGAUGAGCACAACAACAUAAAGAUAGUUGACUUUGGCCUGAGCAACACCCUGAAGGCUGAAUCUUUAUCUCUGGAGCUCCUCAGCACCCAGUGUGGAAGUCCAGCCUACGCCGCCCCUGAGCUGCUCGCUCACAGGAAGUAUGGACCCAAAGUGGACGUCUGGUCUGUAGGUGUGAGCAUGUUUGCCAUGCUGACAGGAACUCUCCCCUUCACCGUGGAGCCUUUCAACAUCAAACAGCUGCACCAGAAGAUGGUCAACGGAGAGAUCAGCAGCAUCCCCAGCGACGUCAGCAAAGGUGCCGUGUCGUUCGUGUUGUCUCUGCUGGAGCCGGAUCCAGACAAGAGGCCGAGUGUCAGAGCGGCGAUGGAGGAGAGAUGGAUCAACGAGGGAUAUGCCAAGAAACCACUGCACACGCUGUCUCACAAAAACAGGUUGUGUCCAGAAGAUCUCAACUCGUCUGUGCUGACAUUCAUGACGGAGACGCUCGGCUACUCGCUCUCUGAAAUCAUACAUACGCUGACCAGCAACCGACCGUCCGCCAUCAUGGCCUCGUACCACCUGCUGCUCAACAAGCUCAACAGGAGCCCGAAAGGAGCCAAAGCCAGCAAGAAGCUGGAGAGCAGUGACUGGAGUCUUCCCAGCAAGAACACAUGGAGAGAGAGGAGUAACACUGAAACAAACACUCAGCAACAGAACGAGCCGACCAAUGAGAAGAGCUCGAAGCACUCCAACAGGCCUCCGAGGGCAGCCGAGUGUCAGAGCAACAGGAGGAGGGCCGAGGAGCUGCACAGGAAGGACCACCGGGAGGACGGCGACGAGAACCGUCCCCCGUCUCCCUCUCUGCCCCAGCUUCCUCGCUCCGCCUCCCCCUCCUUGCCCCCUCGCCUUCCCUCCCCCUCCCCCGCCCCGCCGUCUGCAGAGGACGGAGCUACAGACGAGGAGAUCACGUUGGACACCAGAGAGACGCUGUUUCCUGAAGUGUCGGUGUUUGGCGACAGGGAGCUCGUCCAUCUUUCUCCUCCUAAAAGCUCCGCCUCUCAGCUCUGCGACUCCGCUCCUUGCCAAGUCCCUUUACCUGGCGAGCCAAUCAGAGAGCCGAGCACAUCCAGACCGAUCCGACACACGCACCUGCUCAGGACGACCCAGUCGGACGGGGCGGCGGACCCUGGGUCGGACUGUUUCCAUGACAACCGCCUCCAGGACGACUCCCAUCACCUGAGCAUCAACGAGCGCCUGGAGAAGCUACAGACGUUUUACUCCUCGGAGAAGAGCGGCAUUUCUCCCAGGAUGCUCCUGGAGGCCGACAACUCGGACCGAGCGCACCUGGGUACCAUGGAGACGCCGCAGACGUCCCCCUCCGCCCCCCUCCCACGCCUGCGCAACGUGGGGCUGAAAGAUGGACGGGGGAGGAAGAUGACCUGGGUGGGGCUGAGCCGACCUGGACCGCCAGGGCUCCUCGUGAACGGGUCCAAACCUCCUGCUUUCCCCUCGCAGAGACAACACACUCUAGUUAUCAAGAGCCUGAGGCAGGAGAGGGGGAAGAGGAAAGAUCUGUCUGCAGCUGGAGGAGGAGGAGGAGGAGGGGGAGGAGGAGGAGAGAGGGCAGGAGGAGGGAUGAACGGGGCCAAGAGGAACUCAGUUCAGUUACGCUCAUCGCUGCAGCGUCGAGUCGCGGACCUGAACCUGCCGCUGCUUCCUGCAGCCGUGCAGGGGAAAAGUGACAGGAAGAACCAGCUGCACAGCAUGGACUACUGAGGAGAGGCAGGGACCAGGGAAGGGUGCUCGUAGGUUUGCAAUACAUUUGAAAGGAAGAUUAGCACUUAAUAGUAGAGAGCAAACUGCAUUUUAAGGAACAGCUGCAAAAAGGAGCCACAAAGACAUACAGUACUAAAGCUAUUACGUUCUACUUUAACUCUUCUGCACAAGCACAAACAGAACUGUCCCCAAAACAUACGUCAUAAAAUACG